GGAGUUGACGUGACCCAGGCCGCCAAUCUCACACUCGUACAUCCAGUGGCCUGCACAAGUUACAAGCACUUUCAGGGCAGAUCACAGUCUUUACAGACCGUCAUUUCGAGGACGGGCGAUGAAAAUGACCUAGAUGACGCUUCGAAGCUUGCGAGAGCGUCUGAGCAACUGAUCAGUCUUCAGAUCUGUGGUGAUACGCGAGCGUCUAUCGCUAUUUCACAUCUAGCUUCUAUCUGCCAGUCUUCUCGUCUUGGGAUUACUCUCUCAAGGCGAUGUGUUGCUGACGAGAUUGAAGGUUUUGGGAAUUCGGCACGCUCGGGACUGGAAUCCGGUUCAUGA